UCUUAUAUGUACUCUGGCUGAUUUCCCAGCGUCAUGGAGACAAUGGCGAGUGCAUGUUUAUUCUUCAACUUCAUGUGUUUUUAUCUUUCAGCCAGUGAUUGUUGUGCAGAUGGAGAUUGUAGAACUCAGGGUAAAGUACAAGGAAUCAGUCAGAUGUGAAUACAAAACAGUGCAAGAGUACAACUCCCUCACUGGUGAAAGUGUGCAGCUGAAUGAGCGGUACACUAAACUCUUGAUCAUACAAAAGCAUUGUAAGCAGAAGGAAAGAGAAGAGGAGUUACGUUCCAGAGGAAACUCUCAUCAGGAGGUCAUGAACAAGAGGGACAGUGACGUUCUCAUGAGCACAAAUGUGGAAAAGCUGUUUGAUCCAGAUCACAAUGGAGUAACACACAAAACUGUGAUAUUACAGGGUCAGGCAGGAAUUGGAAAGUCUUUCACAACACAGAAAAUCAUGUCUGACUGGGCAUCUGGAAAGCUUUAUUCAGACUUUGAGUACAUCUUCCACAUAAAGUGCCAACAGCUUAAUCUUAUCAGCAAGAAUAUAAGCGUCGUUGAUCUCAUUCUUUACAACAGUCAAGACUUGAAGCCAGCAGUCACACAAGUCCUGUCCUGCCCAGAGAAGAUCCUCUUUAUAAUGGAUGGCUUUGAUGAGUUGAAGUUGUCACAGGAUGUUCCACAAUAUUCUCUUUGUCAUAAUCCCCAUGAGCAGAACACACCUCAAGUCACACUGAGUAGUUUGAUGAGAAAAGCUAUCUUGCCCAAGGCAUUUUUGCUGAUCACUACAAGGCCAACUACUCUGGACAAACUGACAAAGGUUUUGAAACAGCCACGCUACACAGAGAUCUUGGGGUUUUCAGAAGAGGGGGUGAAGGAAUACUUUAAGAAUCUCUUUCAGAAUGAGCAGCAAGCAGUGUGUGCCUUUAACAAUGUCAAGAAAAAUGAAAUUGUUUUUACGGCAUGCUUCAUUCCAGGUGUAUGCUGGAUUGUUUGCACAAUGUUAAGAUUAAAAAUGGACGAAAACACAGACAUAAAAUAAGCUUUGAACACAACCACCACAAUAUUUGUGUACUUUGUGUACACAUUACUGGAGCAUCACUGCAAGAGUGGGAGUCUGCCAGUACAGGAUAUAUUGCAACGCCUUGGUGUUUUAGCAGAAAGUGGAAUUUGGGACCAGCAAGUCUUGCUUGAGGAAAAACAAAUCAAAAACACAUUUUCAGACCCCUCCCAGACUCCAUCUUCCUUUUUAAAUAAAAUCAUACUUAAGAAGGGUAUUUCCAACAAGACUGCGUACAGCUUCAUGCACCUCAGCUUUCAGGAAUUUUUCGCAGCAUUCUCAUACAUUCUGUGUGACGAAGAGGAGUCCAAGAAGAAGGUGACAGAGCUGCUGAGAGAGAGUGAGGACAAAGGCCAUCUUCUGUCAACUGUCCAGUUUCUCUUUGGGCUUUCAAAUCAAGAAACACAGGACUUCAUAAACAAAAAGUAUAACCGCUCCAUUUCACCAGUUCAAUCUCAGCUGGAAGGGUGGAUUAAAGAAAGAUUAAAGAAAGUCACAGAACAAACCUGGGGAGCUGAUUUAAUGGCUAUGCUGCAGUGUUUGUAUGAAAUACAUGAUGGAGACUUUGUAAGAGGUGCACUGGAGAGCCUUACAAACAUAUUUCUAUCGUAUUAUCCAUUAAAAAGAACUGAUUGUGCAGUGUUGUCGUACUGCCUUCAAGCCUGGGGAGACAUUGAGAGACUUGAUCUACAGACAUGCUUAUUAAAACCAGAAUGUCUGGAAGUACUGACACCAGGGCUGCACAAGUGUAAGGAUCUGAAGCUUAACUUCAACAGUCUGGGAGAUGAAGGAAUAAAAAUAUUCACUGAAGCUCUGAAGUCAUCUGUCUGUAAAAUAGAGAACCUUGGGCUGAGGAAGACUGGCCUAACAGACGCCUGUGUUGAGGAUCUGUGCUCCGCUCACAGCCUACAGCAGUCACUGACACACCUUGAUUUGAGUUCCAAUGAAUUAACAGAAGCAUCAGUACAUGGCUUGAGACGUUUUAUUCAAAAUUGCAACAACCUGCAACAAUUAGAGUGAGAAUUUAUUUUCAUAUCCUUCUCUCUAGCACUGUGUCAUAU